AUGACGGAUACACGUAGGAGAGUGAAAUUGUAUGCUCUUAAUGCAGAUAGACAAUGGGAUGAUCGUGGCACAGGCCAUGUUUCCUCCUCCUAUGUAGAUAGAUUAAAGGGGAUUUCUCUUUUAGUAAGAGCGGAAAGCGAUGGCUCUGUUUUACUGGAGAGUAGAAUACAACCUGAUACAGCAUAUCAGAAACAACAGGACACUUUAAUAGUAUGGUCUGAAGGAGAUAAUUUCGACUUAGCCCUAAGUUUUCAAGAAAAGGCUGGCUGUGACGAAAUAUGGGAAAAGAUUUGUCAAGUUCAAGGCAAGGAUCCAUCUGUAGAAAUUACACAAGACAUUGUGGAGGAAUCUGAAGAUGAACGGUUUGAUGAUAUGUCAGAUGCAGCACCACCUAUCGAAUUACCUCCGUGUGAACUUAGUCGAUUGGAAGAUAUUAACGAGCUCAUAGAAAAUUGUUUAACAUCCCCAAUGAGAAAAGAAAAAUUAGCAGUAGCACUAGAAUCCGAAGGUUAUAUUAAGAAAUUGCUAAAUCUUUUUCGUACGUGUGAAGAUUUAGAGAACAUUGAGGGAUUGCAUCAUCUUUAUGAUAUAUUCAAAAAUAUUUUCCUACUUAAUAAGAAUGCAUUGUUUGAAGUUAUGUUCAGCGAUGAUACAAUUUUUGAUGUUGUUGGAUGUUUGGAAUACGAGCCAACGUUAUCUCAGCCAAAGAGGCAUAGAGAAUACCUGCGACAGUUAGCCAGAUUUAAACAAGCAAUUCCUAUCACAAAUACCGAACUGUUAGCUAAGAUCCAUCAAACGUACAGAGUUCAAUACAUUCAAGAUGUAGUGCUGCCAACCCCGAGUGUAUUCGAGGAUAACAUGUUGAGUACAUUGAGUAGUUUUAUAUUCUUCAAUAAAGUUGAAAUAGUGACUUUGAUACAGGAUGAUGAGAAAUUUCUUACUGAACUUUUUCGUCAGUUAACAGACGAAGCGACCUUAGAUAGCAAGAGACGCGAUUUGGUUCUUUUUUUAAAGGAAUUUUGCAAUUUUUCGCAAAAUCUUCAGCCGCAAGGGAAGCUUGGUAUACUUCCCGCUUUAGAAAUCACUUUAGCGAUGAACGAUGCGCAGACAAAAACGGCCAGUAUAGAUAUAUUGACUUAUAUCGUGGAAUAUUCUCCAAGUGUUGUACGAGAUUAUACAUUACAACAGAUAAAUAACACAGAACAGGACCAAAUGUUAGUGAAUGUAAUAGUUGCUCAACUUGUCGGAGAUAGCGAUCCUGAGUUGGGCGGUGCAGUCCAGUUGGCUGGUGUGCUACGUUUACUUCUGGAUCCAGAGAACAUGUUGGCUUCUGUUAACAAAUCAGAAAAGACUGAUUUCUUAAAUUACUUUUACAAGAAUAGUAUUGGUACUUUAAUAGCGCCUCUCCUAGCAAACACAAUCGGAGAACGACCUGCAAGAGAGGAUUAUAGAACAGUACAACUUUUGGGAUUGAUCUUGGAGCUGUUAUCAUUCUGUGUGGAACACCACACAUACCACAUUAAGAACUGCAUAUUGAACAAAGAUUUACUUAGAAGAAUAUUGGUUUUAAUGAAAUCAACACACACAUUUCUAGUACUAUGUGCACUAAGGUUUAUGAGGAAAAUUAUAGCUCUAAAGGACGAGUUUUAUAAUAGAUAUAUAAUUAAGGGUAAUUUAUUUGCCCCUGUAUUCGAUGCAUUUGUAAGAAACAAUGGUAGAUACAAUCUUCUGGAUUCAGCUAUAUUGGAAAUGUUUGAGUUUAUCAAAUUGGAGGAUAUCAAGUCACUAUGUUCACAUGUUGUUGAAAACUUUUCAAAGGAACUGGAAGCAAUUGAUUAUGUACAAACAUUUAAGGCAUUGAAGUUAAGGUACGAACAACAUCAAGACAAAUUAAAAGAUCGUGAUAGAACCACAAUUGACAGUGUUCCAUCAAUUUUGCGGAAUAGUCGGUACCGAAGAGACCAGAGGCAGCUAGAGGAGGAGGAAGAACUAUGGUUUAACGAAGAGGAGGAGUAUGAUGAGGAUUCAAAGAGUCAUCAGCAGCAACAGCAACAGCAGUCUGUGUUAAACAACAAUACUUCUAAUAAUAACAUUACCUCGCAACAACCGCAAAUCAAUAAUAGUUCGUCAACAACGAAUGAAUCGCCAAUUGCUUCGGACAUAAAUCCUACUCCGGCUAUCGGAACUGUGGAAAAAACAGGAACUGCACUAUUCAAAAAGGGAUUAGUCGAUUAUGAAGGAGAUUCAGAUGAGGACGAUGACGAUUCGGAGUCAAGUCCCUCCCCAAAACGACAACGAUUGUCAUAGUAGGCAAACUUGGAAAGAACAAGACAUUUGUGAUUUUUAAUUACUAUUAUCAUUUUACGACCCUCCUACAUGUAAAAACAGAUCUAUCCUCUCAUUUUUGAAAGAGACAUAGAUUGAGCUCUUGCUAAGGAACGGACACAACAAUAAGUGCUUUUAAAGGAAAUUUGUGGUGGGCACUCAUUCAUAGGUCUGUGUAUAGUAUGCAAAACAUAAAUAGGGUCUGAAUGAAAACUGAGUAAAUUAUAUCGGUCGAAUGUCAGUAAAACAAAGGAAGAAUGAACUUUCUUUAAUGAAACGAACAGUGGUAGUAUUGUGGCAUAAUAUGAUGUAGCACGAUGUACUAUAUAAUGCGUAAAGAAAAGUUACAGAUAUUAAACGAAUCAUAGUCCAUUCCACUUGUCUGGAAACACCUUGUGCACUAGGGAAAAUAAUCUCAUGGAUAAUUAUGAAUAAACUAAGAGAAUUUGGCUAUAGAUAGCCAAAUUCAACUGAUUUACAGAUAUAGGAGUUCUCUAAGCAUAUGCUUAGAUACUCGGUAAUACUGCAAUGUCGUAGUUAAACUGUGACUACAGUGAUUACAAUUAUCUGGUAAAUCUGUUAAAAAGGAACUUACAAUAUGCGUUGUAAGAUCAGAUUUGAAGAAGACAAAGAGUACAUGAUGUACCGCACAAGAACAACCGAGCGCUUUGUUUUGCCAUUUGUACGUUUCUUAUCGCCUGUUGUGCGAUAGAGAGACCUAUGCUUCGAGGGGGUCAGGCACUAUGAAACUUUAUCCAGUUCGACAGAAAUAGUAUUUAGUUUGUAUAUAUAUGUAUAUUUGUAACGAUUGUAAAACACAAUCAUACUUGAAUUAAACAGAAACACAUAAUUUCUUUAAGAAAUCAGUUCCCUUUAAAAUACUUUCAAUAAGCUUUUCGGUUGUCAAUGUAAGUAGUAGUAACUGUAUAAUAAAUAUUUGAUUUAUGUA